AUGCAACAAAAAAAAGAUUUACCUGCUUAUUGUCUACCAAAUGUUCAUCAUUAAAGAAAUCUGUUUUAUUUUGGCUCAAUAGAAUUUAAUAGUGAUUUCGACAGUGGGAAUAUGUUAAAAGUUGAAAGAAAUCACGAAUUACUUGGAUUAAAUUUUAAUAUCUGGAUUAUGCCAGACGCAUAUUUGACAUAAAAAGAAAUGAAAUAUAAGACUUGGUUUCAUUUUUCUGUCUAAGGAGUAAGCAAGAAUACCAUAAUUAACAUGACUUUGAAAGACAUUAAUUUUCAAUAAAAAUUAUAUAAAGAUGGACAUUAGCCAGUAUUUAAAUCUUCAGUAAAUAAUUAAUGGCAAAGAUUAGACUAGAAUAUUGCUAAUACAAUAGUUUAAACUGAAAAUGGAAUGGAUAUUACAUUUACUUAUACUUUUUAAGAUACCGAUGAAUUAGUUUAUUUUGCUUUUACUUAUCCUUGGUCUUAUACUGAUAAUUAAGAAAUGCUUGAUGAAAUAGAAAAUACAUAUUAAUUUGAUAAAGAAAUAUAUUUCCAUAGAUCAGUUUUAGUUUAUUCAAAAGAAUAUAGAAACGUAGAACUAAUAACAAUUACAUCUAGCAAUAGUAAAUCAUAAGAUUAAUUAAAACUUUAGUCUAAAAUUUCAUUUCCAUAACAAAAAUAUCCAUUAUUUUUUCCAAAUAAACGAUAUAUAUUCAUAUCUACUAGAGUUCAUCCAGGAGAAGUUCCUGGAUCUCAUGUAUUUAACGGAAUGUUGAAAAUGCUUUUAGAUAAACAAGAUAUUCGAUCAAAGAAUUUAAGAGAAAAUUUUGUUUUUGUAAUGAUUCCUUUAAUAAAUCCUGAUGGUGUAAGUAGAGGCCAUUAUAGAACAGAUUCUUAAGGUUGUAAUUUGAAUAGAUUCUAUAUAAAUCCAGGACUGGAUUAGCCUGAAAUAUAUUCUAUAAAAGAGUUAUUGAUGCAUUUGUAUGAUAAAGGUUAACUUUAUUGUUAUAUGGAUUUACAUGCCCAAGCAAGUAAAAAAGGGUCUUUUAUUUAUGGAAAUUGCAUGGACUAUAAAAGUUAAAUUGAGUGUAAUUUACUCACUAAAUUAAUGGCUUUAAAUACUCCCUAUUUUGAAUAUGAGUUGUGUAAUUUUACAGAAAAAAAUAUGUAUUCUAAAGAUAAAAGUGAUGGGCUUUCUAAAGAAGGAGCAGGAAGAGUUGCUUUAUAUAAAUAAACUAGAAAUUCUCUUUGUUAUACUUUGGAAUGUAACUAUAAUAUGCCUUUUAAUUUAAAUACUAUGUAUUCGAGAAGUUCAAAUUAUGAUUUUAAAGAAGGUAAAUUUGAAAUAGAUUAAAAUAUUUUUAAUAUGAUUUCUUAAAGUAAUGGUAUUGAAUAAAAAUUAUGUGAUUAUCCAUAUAUUUCAUCACAUUAUGCAAAUUUAGGAGAAGGAAUGCUUGAAGCUAUUUUAGACUUAAAUAAAAUUAAUCCGAUUUCAAGAAUUCCAAAUAGUCCUUAUAAAAAUUAUACAACAUUAAAAAUGUAAAUUGCAUUUUAAACUAUGAAACAGUUACCUUAUAGAUCUGUAAAAGAUUAUUCUGAUGUUUCUUCAAAGUCAGAAGAUGAAGAUGAAUAAUUUAAAUUAAUAUAUAAUCAAUUGUUUAAAAAUAAUUAAUAUUGA